CCUGAUUGAUAGUGAUAUUGGAAAUCUACAUCAUUCUGAUGAACUUUUCCAUCCAGCGGUCCAUAUUGACCGUAGACUGGCCGUUGAAACAUGGCCCAAUUAGAUACAGUAACGUCUUCGUUUACCUUCCAACAAUAAGAGGCAAAGCUCUCUCUCAUUUCAUGUGUCCGCUCCAUCUAUGUAUAUAGAUACACAUACAGAUGCUUUAGCAUAUCGAAGCAAAUCUAAGCUUUCAUUUCACAUACAGAGAUUCUCUUGAAAAGUUAACAUGGCUGACAAUGGUGGAGAAGAAGCAAGCGGGAAAAACUCAGGGUUUCCUCAUGUAGUCCUCAAUGAAAGGAUUCUUUCUUCAAUGUCACGAAGAUCUGUUGCUGCUCAUCCCUGGCAUGACUUGGAGAUUGGACCAGGUGCUCCAGCUGUUUUCAACUGUGUGGUUGAAAUUAGCAAAGGUAGCAAGGUUAAGUACGAGCUUGACAAGAUAAGCGGUCUUAUAAAAGUUGAUCGUGUUCUCUACUCAUCUGUUGUUUACCCACACAACUAUGGUUUCAUCCCUAGAACUCUCUGUGAGGACAGUGAUCCUAUGGAUGUCCUGGUACUGAUGCAGGAGCCUGUGCUACCUGGUACUUUCCUUCGUGCUCGUGCUAUUGGUUUAAUGCCCAUGAUUGAUCAGGGUGAAAAGGAUGACAAGAUUAUAGCAGUAUGUGCUGAUGAUCCUGAGUUCCGCCAUUACACAGACAUCAAGGAUCUUCCUCCUCAUCGUCUAGCUGAAAUCCGCCGCUUUUUUGAGGACUACAAAAAGAAUGAGAACAAGAAAGUUGCUGUGGAAGACUUCUUGCCAGCUGAGGCGGCCAUUGAUGCCAUCAAGUAUUCCAUGGAUCUGUAUGCAUCUUACAUCGUUGAGAGCUUGAGGCAGUGACUUUAUUUGGAGAUAAGUUGGUGAAAUGUUUGAUGGCUUUGAACACUUAGUAUCAUAGUACUAAGGCUUCAAUACUUGCUGCAUGCUGAUGUGCAGAACUACUAAUGCUUACAUGUCCAAUGAAGUGUGGUUUAACCAUGCUUAUGUUCAAUAUAUACUUCCAUAUGCUUGUUCCAAUUUCUUCAAAUAAACUUCCAACUAGGGAUUUGAAUAGAAAAACUGAUUAUGCUUUGUUAUCUUCUAAUUUUGGGUUAUCACUUGGUGAUUGAAGAUGCAAAUGAGUAUGGAACAUAUGAGAUUUGUGGUGACUGUUCACCAAAGGUAUAGAGUAUGCAAUAAAUGAAUUAUAUGUGUGAUCA